ACACUUCCUAUCCUUUUUCCUCUUUCGAAUAAAAAGAAGAAAGGAAAGUGUUUUGAUGAAGCAUCUGUCGGCGAUUGUGUGCUGAACGGCUAAGAUAGAUGUUUUAUUUCUUUAAAUAUUAGAUAAAAAUAGAAUUUUGACAUACGUGUCAAUCAUUCGAUAUAAGUCUCGUUUUGUUUUCGACAACGCAAACACCCAGCACAAGAUUUAUUUCUAGAAGAUGAUUCUUUUUCAGAAUUAUAAGAUUAGGUUAGAACAUGCACCAUUAAUGUAUGGAUGCAUUUGAAAAUUACGGCACGGUAACGCAUAGACAGAAAAGCUAUUGAUCAUGGAUCGUGGGAAAACAGGGAUGGGUAGAGCAGCGAAGAGUAAGAUUGCUCAGCAUCCUUCCGAUUUAUUCGCACUGGGAUCGAAAAGUUCACGAAACGAAAGCUCCGAUUCGAAGAGCAGGCCAGGUGUCAUCCAUACGAAACCGAGUGGCAGUUCUACCUCAAGUAGUAAUGACCGGAAAAAGGAGGCCCCUUCUGGAUCGCUUCAGUCGUUUUCGUAUGUUCCACAGAAGAAACCCAAGUUAGCACACGUCGGCUCCCACCCGCGGCAACCUUCUUCCAGUGCGGAAGCAUGGGAGGUCCUAGCUAUAGACACCGACCCUGCAGACUUUGUUCCUAUGGCACUUGAGGCUAACGAUAAUGAUGAGGGUGACAAAGUUAUCGGAAUAAUAUGUGGUGCUAUCAAAACGCUGAAGAACCAAAAGUGGAAGCCUGAUACGUUGAUAUACAUGGGCUUGUUGUAUUUGGCCAAGAUCCGGUCGUCCAUUUUCUCAAAUGAUUGUAUACUGCAUGCACUGUCGUCCCUUUUGAAGCGAGAUCAAACUUAUAGUUUCAAGAGCAAAGGGAACCCACUAGUCCCGGUACUCGCUGCGAAUCUCUUAAUGAAAGGUUUUCAUGAGAAAAAGAACUGGCCGGAAAUAUUUGUAAAGCUGUACAUCGAGGAUGCUCUCGGAGAGCGCGUAUGGGUCGACCAUGAGGAAUGCAAGGGCUUCGUCGACAAUAUACUGACCGGCUUUAACACGAGGCAUCCACCAAAGUCAAUGUUACAGCCGGAAUUCCCAGUACUAAUGCAGAGGGAUUGCCACAGUCCGUCUACAGUAGAUGAUGAAGACCCAGCAGCGUCAUCAACAUCGCUGUCCGGGGACAAGGAGAAAAUAGAGUUUCCAGUUGGUCCACGUUAUGCACACUGUAUGGAGAAUAUAGAGUCGAUAGUGCUGGAAGCCGUGAAGGAGCAAUUGAACCGGCGUCAGGCCGAGACUAUAACGAGAAAUUUCUUGAAGCUGCUCUCGUCGGCAUGCGGUUUUGUCGAGAUCAGGAACAUCGCCGUUCCGCGGCUGGAAGUGUGGUUGCAUUCCAAACUUAUGCGAUCUGCGCAGGAGCUGCUGAUCUACAUCUGUUACAACUGCACGUCCCACACACAGAGAGACGUCGAGGUGAUAAGCCAGUUGGUGAAGAUGAGAUUGAAGACCAAGGCUGUGAUUAAUCUGUAUCUGAACGGUGUCAAAGAACUGAUCGGCCUGCAUCCGGAGAAUCUGGCCACCAUGCUGAAGCACACCAUUUACAACGAGUUGUCGAACGCGCGCAAUCCAAAUAACAUGCCCAUGCUGGCGAUAAUGUUCCAAACUCUCCCCGAGCAGGCGGCGAAGCUGCUCGCGGAGAUCUUUCAGGACCUGCUAAUGAACCGUGAGGAUUACUUGAGGCCAUUACGCGCGUUGCUCAGGGAAAUUGUACGGGUAUGCCGACAUGACAUCAACUUAAUCGCUUUCGCCCGAACGAUGAUGUCUGAGCGGCUGGAUAUUGCACAGCAGCUGCUGAACUUCGAGUUCAAGGACCGCAUGUUCAUGUCGAUAGCCGACCUGCUGUGUCUAUGCAUGUUGUUGGGCAUCAGCCCACAGGUGAAGGAGGCAGCAACGUUAUCGCAGCGUGCGGACAAGAAGGACGUAGCCUUGCUCCAUCAGUUUCAGGAUCUCGUGGCUAUGAUACAGCACGAGACGGUACUGUGGUUGCAAAACUCAGCGCAGCAGAUAUACGGUAUCGAGCGAAACGAGCUGUUACACGCGUUACACAAGAUCAUGCUCUUGGAAUCUCCCGAGCAGUAUUAUAAACUCGACAACUGGCCACCGGAAUCAGACCGCGUGUUCUACAUACGAUUAGUAUCCGAUGUUCCUUUGCUGCAAAGCACGAUGUUACGACUGCUACUGAUUGGUUUUUCGAAGGAUAACGGAAUUACGCAUUCGGAGAUAUUGGAUUUGACCGAUCAGUUGAUACGGCGAGCCGCGGCUAAUUCGACGGAAAGUUUCCCAAUGUUGCAAAUCGACAAAGCGGAUAUAAUCGAAAUGAUUUUUAAUCUCUCCAUUUAUCAACCACCGGGAACCAUAAAUAUACCUGCUGGAUACGUGCCGCCUACGUUGGCGAUAGCUAAUCUUUACUGGAAAGGAUGGAUAAUGUUAUUAAUUCUGGCCGCUCAUAAUCCAUCCACUAUCGGCGCAUUAGCAUGGAAACGAUAUCCGAUACUGAGGACAUUGAUGGAAAUGUGUAUCACAAACCAUUUUUCGUAUCCACCACCGACUAUGGCCCUGCCGGAGAUCAUAGAGCAGGAGCGUGCGAAGGAACUACAGGUUGAAGCUAUCGAAAAGCAGGAGAUACUGGAGUAUGAGUCGCAUUUAGCCGCUGCAUCGAGCAGAAUUCAGUUGUCCGAGCAGAAUAGUUUCUUAUUGUCGCAAUUGAUCACGAUGGAUCCAACGGGAAUUGCGAGAAGACCGCCACCGGCUGUCCUUGAACAGAUACAGUCGCUAAACACGUCUCACAGAUUGGGCCAUUUACUUUGUCGGUCGCGGAAGCCGGAUUUCCUGCUGGACAUUAUUCAGCGACAACAGCAGAGCACUUCACAGAGCAUGCCCUGGUUGGCGGAUUUAGUACAAAAUAGCGAGGGCUCCCUGAGCCAACUACCAGUACAAUGCCUGUGCGAGUACCUGCUGUCGACUAAUCCGCAGACAGUCGAGAAGCAGCCUAGGCAGCAGCAGUUAUUGGCUCAUCUUCAAACGCUGUUAAUCGAUCCGAAUCAAGAUCAACAGCACGCUUACGAGGUGUUGGAGUACUUUUUGAGAAGAUUGAGCAGCCAACAGAGUAGCAGUCGAGUGCAGGCCAUCACUGGGCUUAAGAUGGUUUUGGAUUCGAUACCCCUCGAGGAUGAUAGCAUGGAUGUCGAUGGCGAGAACGAGAAAGAGACUUGGCUGCUACGAAAAUUGCCGUCCAUACCUCAUUUCCUGUCGGUACGUUCCCUGGUCUCCACGGCGCUGCGUGGCGCUUGUCAAGUCGAGAACAGUCCCGAUCUGGUGCACACCUAUAUAUCAUAUCUAGCUGCGCACACUGUCGACGACGAUCUGCCGGAUUUAACCGACUUGGCCAACGAAAUUUCCCAAUUGGUCGUCGAACGGAGCACCAUCAUCGCGGCUAUCCUGCCCCAACCCGAGAGUGAUAAUCAUCAAGCUAAGCAAACGCUGCACGCCUUCAUGGCGAUUUUCUGCAACUAUCUUGAGAAAGCGCGAUCACCCAGGGGGGAGGGCUACCAAUGGUCCGAGAGUCAAGAUCAGAUCUUGGUGCAAUGGAGUAACGGUGAAGAAUGCACGAUGCAUAUCCUGGUCGUGCACGCAAUGAUUAUCUUAUUGACAUACGACACGUCUGAGGACGAUCAGUUAUUUAACAACUUGUUGGAGACGUGGUUUCCACUGACGGAGCAACCGAAAGCCUUCCUCGUGGAUACCAGCGAAGAGGCGUUACUCAUACCCGACUGGCUCAAGUUACGAAUGAUCAGGAGUAACGUGCCACGCUUGGUCGACGCGGCUUUAAAAGAUCUUGAGCCACAGCAGCUGGUGUUAUUCAUACAGAGCUUUGGGAUACCGGUAUCGUCGAUGAGCAAGCUGCUGCACACGCUCGACGCUGGUGUUCAAAUCGACCCUAGUUCAGUCGGCGAAGCAGUGCUGGAUAAAACUUAUAUGGCGCAAUUGGUCGAGGUGCAGCAUCGCCGAGGUGCAACGGGCGGAUUAGUGUUCGUCCAGGUGUUGCAGUUGCUGGAGCCGCAGUUGCCAGAUGAGAGCGUUGCGUCGAUUAGCAAGUUGCAGCAGCCAUUACCACCGAGCGCCACGGUACAGAAACAGUCCGUGAUACAAUGCUCCGUGAAAACUGACGUGCCCCAUUUGAUAAACCGAUUGUUCAUCGAGAGUAUCCCAAUGAACCAGAAAAUGGAGGCUUAUCGACGUUUGCACAAGACCCUGGCGAAGGACCUGCAACGAUCCAGCGCGAAGGAAAGUGGCGCGGUCGUGCUGGCGAUACAGCACAUAUGCAGUGUUCUCAGUUCCAUGCAGGUGAAGCAGUUUCUGGCGUCGCUCGUGCACAUGCCGCAGUACUCGUGCACCUUGAUGCGCGUGAUACUGCUGCCGCUGAAGAGGCGGUCCACGUCGAAGCACGUGGUCGAGCUAGCGCGCAACAUGUGCCUGAACCUGAUAUCGUUGAUAGGCGACGUGAAGGCGCCAAUACUGUCGAUCUUGCGUGACUUCGCCAACGUGCAACUGACGAAAACACCACAACGCUUGGAACUGUCCAUGCUGAUGCGUACUCGUGGUGAAAGCCCCGGGUCGAUACUAGAAGGCACGGACUCCGUGAAUUUGGAGAGCGUGGGCCGAAAAUUGCUGGACAUCUCUUUGAAACAACAGAAGAAUGAUGACUUGGUCGAGGCCAUGGCGAAAUUAUUAGUCAGCGACAGCAAUGAAGAGGCGCUGAAACCUCGUACGGGCUUGCUGAUCGACUGGCUAGCCUCCGUGGAACCCGAGCUGAUCGGUACCUGUCCCAAUCUGCAGAUGAAGCUGUUAUUCGGCAAGGCGAAGAUGCAUAUCAACAUCGACAAGAAUGUCGUAAGCUCGCACUCCUGCAGGCCGUAUCUCCUGACAUUGUUGACGCACAGAGCGAGCUGGGCGACUUUGUACAAGUGCGUCGGGCACUUGUUAGAUAAAUGUGACGAUGGAUACGAUCCGACCGCCGUUCUCGACUUUCUAUGGGCUCUGACGUGCAAUCCUAAAUUAUGGCAAGGCCGCGAUAAAUUUACGCCGAAGCAUUACGUUCCUGAGAAUAUCCUGUUGCUGCAAGAUCGGCAGUUGCUGAACCUAGUGGCAUAUUUGGUGUCCGAGGCCGUGAUUAUAUGCAAUAUGCAAAACAGAAACGCCGUCCUCGCACGAAUGGACCUUAGGCUUGAUCUCCUGUUACACUGCAUAUCCACCGAGGACGAGCGGAUUUCCACUGUAGUUAAUUAUCUGGCGCAGCGUAUGAUGGACAAUACCGAGUAUGAAUUGCAAUUCGCGGAUUCGGCGGACAUGGCGCAUCAGUUCCUGCUACACAUGUACAUGAAGAUUCCGAAAGUGAUCUGUUACCUCGACACCUUCCAAGCGAACAAGUUCGUCGACGGGGCGAAAAUAACGGAUUGGACGGGUUCGUUGCUCGACUGCAUGAGUCAUGCCUUACUGACUGCUCUGGCGGCGACCCCGCGUCAAAAGUCUUGGAACUCGAAAUCUCAGGAGUUCGAGCUUUGUGCGAGAAAGAUGGCCGCGGUGCAUCCUAUCCUGGUGCUACGUCAGUUGCCGAUGUUGGCAUCCUCCUUGAUGGGAAGGUGUUACCUCGAUUUCGGACAGUUUAGAUCCGGUCACCACCUCAACCUCUUCACGCAAGUUAUGGGGCUGUUGGAACUACUGCAGCCGCAUUUGUUUAACGAACAACACGAAACCGCGUUGGAGAACACUCUGGAAAAUUACUUCCAAUGUUUCCAGAAUUACGGACAUAUAAAGGAUCUCAUCUCAUUGCUGAACAGAUUUGUGUCACUGUUACAGUCGUACAUAUCACACGAUCCGCAACGAGCGUUGAAAUAUCUGCAAAAGCACGCGCAAGCACUACAUGAGUUACAGGCAAAUUAUCCCAGCUUGCCUGCCUUGAGGACUCUCGUAUCAGGAAUACCGAUACCGAGGGAGGGAGAAGAUGCUGAUAUCUUAAUUACUAUAGCUCCUCCGCCACCCCCUGCGGAACCCGCUAUUCCGCAACACUGGCAACCAUUAUUGGCUACACUCACCAAGUUACAUGGCGAAGAUGUGUUUAGUGCGCUGCAGGAAAUAGAACACGUGUCGUUACGGAGACCGUCAGUCUUAGAACCCAUAACGGACAACAUUGCAGAGUUGCUCGUAUCUCCGCAGAACAAUGUCAGAACGCUUGCUCACACGCUGCUUGCUAGGGCAUUGAAGUAUCGUCCAUCACCCAACACGAACAUACUAUCCGCAUUUCAAAGAUGCCUGGACAGCCACAGAGCGGACGUGCUCAUGUCCGCUUUGGAAAAGCUGCCGGAUAUCGUGUUAUGCAUGCAAGAGCAUGCGUUACCGUUGAUGCAGAAAGUGUUCGAGUUGGGAGUAAACUCGAACGUCAACACGAUACCUUAUAUUACCAAAACCAUCGCUCUAUUAAACACGCAGCAAGGUUGUUAGUUUCAGAUAGUCUGUUAUUCUGUAAAUAUAAAACGCAACAUCUUUUUUACACGUAAGAUCAUGUUAUUCCUAUUAUUUGACAAAUAUAUACAUAUCUAUAUACAUGUAUAAUAAAACUAUAUUUGCGUUUUUGAAC